UGGCCCGGCAAACACCAACUCCUAGCUCGCACGCUCCACAAACACUGGGGCCUCCCAGCCCCUCCCGGGACCCUUUGCGCCGCGCACCAGAAAGCCGUGGCGUGCUUUGGCUCGGAAGGGCCGCCGUAGGCUCUGGGUUGCCAUGGAAACAUAGCUACCAUCACUAUGUCGUUGCAACGGACGCCUCAGUCGCGGGUAUUCGUGGAACUGGUUCCCUGGGCUGACCGGGGCCGGGAGAACAAUGCGGUCUCGGGCGGUGAGGCGCUGCCCGGCCUCCGCCGCCCCGGCCCCUCAGCACAGGCCCAAAGCGCGACCCGCGAGGUGCACGUGAGCGGCACUGCGGAGGUGUCUGCGAGCCCUGACCGCGCGCAGGUGGCGGUGCUGGUGAGCAGCACCAAGGAGGCAGCGGCUGAGGCCAAGAAGAGCGUUUGCCGCCGCCUGGACUACAUCACGCAGAGCCUCCGACAGCAGGGCCUGCAGUUGGCAAGCGGAAAGCGUGGCCUGCUCCCUCCCCACCGGGCAGAAAAUGUAACUGUGACAAAGGAUUUUAGAAGAGUGGAAAAUGCUUAUCACAUGGAGGCAGAGGUCUGCAUUACAUUUACUGAAUUUGGAAAAAUGCAAAAUAUUUGUAACUUUCUUGUUGAAAAGCUAGAUAGCUCUGUUGUUAUUAGCCAACCCCAGUUCUAUCAUACUCCAGGUUCUGUUGAGAAUCUUCGACGCCAAGCCUGUCUUGUUGCUGUUGAGAACGCAUGGCGCAAAGCUCAAGAAGUCUGUAACCUUGUUGGCCAAACUCUAGGAAAACCUUUAUUAAUCAAAGAAGAAGAAACGAAAGAAUGGGAAGGCCAAAUAGAUGAUCUCCAGUCAUCCAGACUCUCAAGUUCAUUAACUGUCCAACAAAAAAUCAAAAGUGCGACAAUACAUGCUGCUUCAAAAGUAUUUAUAACUUUUGAAGUAAAAGGGAAAGAGAAGAAAAGAAAAAACCUCUGAAAUUCCAACCGAAAUGUUUGUAUAAUUUUAUUUUUAUACUUUUUAUGUUUGUUUUUGUCCUGAAAAUAUAUAUUGUGUAGUAUAUAAUAUUUCUCCCCAAAAUCUGUCAAUCCUGGAAUACAGUCCCACAAAUAGCUAAGUUUACUUUCUAUUUUUAAAAACUUACUAUGGAAAAUGCUCUGAAAAUAAAUGUGUUAUACGUGCACAAUUAUAUACUGAUAAUAUAAGUGAUGUAAGAAAUUUUUAUAUUUCUACUACAGGAAUAAAUAUUGGCAGUUAUUAGCAUGAUUCUUAACACUAAUAGAAAGGAUGAGGAACACCUAUCUUUUGAUAAAAGGGUAGUGAGGUAUACUAGGAAAAUAUUUUGAUGCCAGAAAUAAAAUAUAUGGACCAGAUCCUCUUCACCAGAAUCCUAUGAUUAUAUAAGCAUUCUCCAAUACAAAUAAAGACAAGCCACAUAUGUAACUUAAAACUACCUAGUAGACAUGUAUAAAAAAAGUAAAAUGUAAAAAAUUUUUAAAAAGCAGUUAGAACUAAGUUUAAUAUUUUAAUCUGUCUAAAAUACUAUAAUUUCAGCAUAUAAUCAGUAUUUUAAAAAAUAAUGGAUAUUUAUAUUUUUUAUACUAAGUUUUCAAAAUAUGUACACUUCAUGUUAUAACAAAUCUUAAUUCAGAUGCUAAGUUUUCAUCAGAAAUGCUUGAUCUGUAUUUCAUAAAAUGUAGUGAAAAACUAGAUUCACACACACAGGUUGUUCCAGACAUGCUUAAAAGAGCUAGUAACUGCAUCAAGCAGCAAUUUCAAGUAGCAAUUUUCAAAUUAAAAGUUUUAAAAAUUUAAAA